AUGAACCGCACCCGGGCCCUGCAGUUCUUUUGGAAGACAAAGAGGAACCCUAAUGCGCCCAAGACGUUCGCCGCCGUCCCGCAGAAGUUCCCAUACCACGUAAAACUGGAAGAAGGUAAGAGUUACUAUUGGUGCGCGUGCGGCCUCAGCAAGAAGCAGCCGUUUUGCGACGGCGCGCACAAGGCAUACAAUGAGGAGCACGGCACCCAGCUUGGCCCAGUGCAACUCACUGCGCCCAAGACAAAAAAGUAUUUAUUGUGCGGAUGCAAACAUACAUCAAACCAACCGUAUUGUGACCUUUCGCACGUUGGGGUUAUGUUUCGCUCGCUUGUCGGGAAAAAGGACUAG